CCGGCUUACAGAGUAGUAGCGAGUAGCCACAAUCUUGCUUUUACGUCGGACCGGUAAAAACAACAAACUUGCGAUUUUAUCACGAUACAGAUUACAGAAGAUGAGUUCUAUUCCGUAAUUCUAAUAAUUCUAUUACGAUUACGCGUUGUUGACGUAUAGGUACGCGACAUUAAUUAUCAAUUAAACGACAUUAAUGAUGGCCGGCAACACCGAUUGGAAUUCGAUUGUGAUGACGGCCGAAAAGCUGCAGGCCAACGCCAUCACCGACACGGGCAUGCCGAGCGUCACCCGGAACAUCCGACAACUGUUGGACGCCGCCGAAAACCUGUGGACCAAAGUCGGCGCGCCGGGCGUGGAGGCCAAGGGCAAUGUGUUCUUGUGCAGCCGCGGCGUGGACGCCCCCCAGGUGCCCAAGCAGUUGGAAAAGCUCAGCUCUGCGGGGUCCAUGGACACGCUGGACCCGAAGCCGGACAUGGACGUGGACAGUUUCGUGAAGAACGAGGUGCAAAACGCAAUACUCAGCCUUAUCGAGUCGGUGAAGAAGAGCAACGAGGACUUUAUAGACAGGCGACAGAACGAGGCGACCAUCAGGGACUGGAGGAACAAGAAAAUCAACAUUAUCAACUCGUUCCCCGGCUACGUUCCAAACUCGACGUCUAGCCCUGGUUCCAGUGUGAUGCCAUCAGUCGCCAAGCUCAAUACCACCAAUUUUGGCCUGGGUGCCCAGCUGGACCAGAUCGAACUUGCAUAUGCCAAACAUUUGUGCGAGUACAAUCAACACGUUGAACACCACGGGUUUCAAACUGACAUUUUGCAGUCAUUCACGACAGCGGCGGAAAUCGCUCAUGAUGACCGUGUGAACGAAAUGUGGAAGAUAGUCAAAUGUAUGAGUCAGAUUGUACCUGAACACGGUUCAAAAUAUGUCAGGAGUUCUGCGGUCAACCAAAACACAAUGAUUGGAAAUGCCAGGACCUAUCUUGAACAAAGGUAUAUUGUAUUUAUGAAAAGCUAUGUAAAGAGUCACAUGUCCAAAGCAAAACUUGGUGGUGUUCCGGGUACUUAUCCACUUGUACGAAGUUUUGUUAGUGUUUACAUCAAUCAGUAUAAUAACCCCGAUAAGCUGUUUUAUGACGGUGUACCACUUUGGCCAUUAGUAUACUAUCUAAUUCGUUGUGGCGAUUUAGAAUCUGUUGUAAAUAUUUUAGAAAAAAAUAACCAAGAUCCAGUGUUAUUAAAUGUUUUUACAAAUAUAAAAAAAAACCAUAACUACAUCAACUUAAACAACCAGGGACUAACUACAUCAAUAGCAUGGGACUCCAAUGAUCCAUUUAAAAAAGUGAUUUAUUCAUUAGUCUCUGCUACCGAUGUGUCGAGUAAACAUUCAGAUGUGAUCAAGACUGCAGACGAUUACCUUUGGUUAAAACUAUGUCAAGUCAGAAAUGAUCAAGACAAGCUCACAUAUCCUGUUCUCCAGUCAAUGAUCUAUGAUGAAUACAAAGAUCAAUUCAGUGAUGUUCAACCUAUGGUUUAUUUCCAAUUGCUUUUCUUAACUGGUCAAUUCGAAUCGGCUAUUCAAUUUAUUUUCCGUCACCCAAAACUUUGUUGUCAUGCUAUACAUGUAUCUAUAAUUUUGAAUGAAAUGGGUUUACUGUAUUUGCCCAGUGACUUUAAUCAGCCAAUUUUAUCCAAAGACGAUAACCAAAUAGAUAGAUUAAAUAUAGCUAGAAUGAUGAAAAUUUACUGUGCCAAAUUUGAAAAUCAAGACCUCAAAAUGGCCAUGAACUAUUACUAUUGUCUGAGACACAUCGAAUUUGAAGGUACAACACUUUUCAUUUCCUAUGUAGCUGAUCUUGUAAUUGAAACUGAUGAAUAUGACAAAGUAUUUGGGUACCUAAAGCCUGAUGGUAAAAAACAAAACGGUAUUUUGGACUCGUUUAUAGUAUCAGAAACACAGAAAAUGGAUAUUAUCAGAACAACAGCUUCACUUACAGAACAAAAAUGUGAUCUCGAGAUGUCUGCUAAAUUGUAUGAAUUGGUGGAUCAAUAUGACAAAGUACUCGAACUUGCCAAUAUUAUGCUGAGCCGGAUAAUUCAACCAGAUAUCUUCUCUUCAUUGGACAAAACUCCUAACGCUAAAAACAAAGUGUUCGACUAUGUCGAAGUUUUAAGUCAGCGACUGGCGGGAGUUGAAAUUAAUGUAUCGGAGGAAGCAAUAUUUACAUUUAACAUGUUGAAGAGUGUUUUUGUAUUUUUCGAACACUACAACAAUCACAAAUACACGUUGGCGUUUGAUGUGCUCCAGACAAUUGGUUUAAUACCAUUGGCUAUAAACCAGGUGGAAGAACGGCUUGAUUCAUUUAAGAAAUACAAUGAAUUAAUAUUGAGAAUUAUACCCGGAGUGAUGACGGCCACGAUGAACAUGUUGUAUUCACAAUACAGUGACAUUAAAAAAGAAUCCAAAAAGUCUGCCAGGGAUCCAGAACAAAUGCAUGCACAAUUGGAAUAUAUCAGAGAAAAAGCAAAAGCCAUAACAUCAUUCACAGGUCGCGUACCAUUCCAAAUCAACUCUGAAGUAAUCAAUCAUUUAGUGCAAACAGAAAUUCUAUUGUAUUAAUUUAAAUAUUUUAUUGUAACAAUGUGCCUAUGGUUGGCGAUAUUAUUCCUGAUUAUAUUAUUAAGUAAAUAGCAAAGAAUUUAUUUGCAAUAUAAAUUGUGAUUUUUGAUUAAA